AUGUUUCGACAGACUUCGAUGAUGAGUUCGGACAGUACGAUCUCAUUGACCAGCAAAAAAUCGGCACCAAUCAUUGGCCAAAGGAACGAACAAGGACCGAGAAGGCGUAGCCUCCAUCAUUCGCUCGAUGGAACCAGGGAUUCUGGCGAUGGACCGUCUUUUUUGGGCCUCCUCGCAUCGAAAAGAUUUGCCAAAAAGAUUUCCAGCCGCUUUUUCGAAAAGAAAAGAGGACUCAUGGGAUUAUCUUCGAGAUCUGUGUCCGGAUUGCCGCUCGUUCGUAAAGAGCCCACAUAUCGAAUGGAACCCACGCGGAAGUUCUGUUCGUCCGUCGUUCAUGGAAUAAUUAAACGAAUUCUCACAGAACAACUGACGAAUUUUGAGUACGCACCCCGAAUCGGCGGCCGUCAGUGCAUGCUUCUCAGCGAAGAAAUUCGCAACUGUGUCCGAGCGCUGAACUUUGACCGUUAUAAAAUCGUUUGCUUCGUUGUCAUGGGCGAAAAUAAGGACCAAGAUGCAACUAUCGGAAGUCGAUGUGCUUGGGAUGAUAAGGUCGACUGCUAUGCGUGCUACACUCAUGAGGCAGCCACGUGGUACUGUACAGCUACUGUCUACGGAAUCUAUACAGAAUAG